AUGAGAGCGCUGCUAUUGUCGAAGUAUACUGAAGAAAUUGUUUCAGGGGCAUCUGUAGUUUCAGAUUUUGGUAGUUUUGCUGAGAGUUUUUCUACGACGGGAAAGGAGUAUAGAGAUGACGAUGAUGGAGAAUUGGAAGAAUUAAUGGCAAAGCCGCAAAAGAAUUGGAUUUGUUUUGUGAUGGAGGUGGAGAGUGGGGAAGAAAUACUGUGUUUAGCUUCUGCCUCUUCAAAUUCUCCUAUUACUGAAUUCAACCUCUAUGAACUUCUUGGAAUUGACAGUUCUUCCGAUCAAACCCAGAUAAAAUUAGCAUAUAGGAAUCUGCAGAAGCGGUGCCACCCCGAUAUAGCAGGGCCGGCGGGCCACGACAUGGCUAUUAUACUGAAUGAAACUUAUGCUCUUCUCUCUGACCCCAAUUCUCGUAUGGCAUAUGAUAAGGAGCAAGCAAAAGUUGCAGAUUUACAAGGCUACACAGGCAAUCCUAUAUAUUCUGUGUGGUUUGGUUCAGAAAGUGAAAAGAGGGCUGUUUUUGUUGAUGAAGUUAAGUGUAUUGGUUGCUUAAAAUGUGCCUUAUGCGCUGAGAAAACAUUUGCUGUUGAAUCAGUAUAUGGUAGAGCCAGGGUUGUUUCUCAAUGGGCUGAUCCCGAAUACAAAAUUCAAGAGGCUAUUGACGUAUGUCCAGUCAAUUGCAUCUCGAUUGUGGAGAGGUCCAUGUUGGCGGCCCUUGAAUUUUUAAUGUCUAAACAGCCACGUGGCAAGGUCAGAAUUGGCACAGGCAAUACAGUGGGUGUACGUAGCUCGGAUAUUUUUGAUGAGGUGGAGAAGUUCCUGACCAGAUAUGCCAGGCACAGAUCUUCCACAAAUUAUUCUGAGGAAUCAGAGGCUCAUACAGCAGCAAGAGUCUCAGCUGUUCAAGCGAUUCAAAUGAUAUCAAACUGGUUGUACUGGCAAUCUCCUGGAAUGGGAACCGAACAUACAGAUGACCACUUUUUGGUACCACUUACACAAAAACAUGCAGAUCCUAGUCUUAAGAGGCUGAGAGAUGCUGCUGCAGCUAGACGCCAAGCAAGAAAUUUUACGAAACCAACCAAAGGAGUAUUCGCAAGCAACACAUCCUAUGACGAGUAUUGGAUUCCAUCAAAGCUCGUUCUACCAGAGGUAACUAAUCUAGAUUCUGACUCUAGAAUCGCCACCUCUUACUCUUUUCCAACUACAGAAACGAAGGAACCAAGUGCUAGUAAAUUCCCUAGCCCGAAGGAGGAUCCAGACACCCCUUUACUUAAUGGAUUGCCGGUGGGGACAGCUUUAAUGGCUGCAUUCUUUGUUCGGUUACGGAUGGGAGAACAAGUAGGCAAUAUAAAAGAGCAUAUUGGUGGUUCUCUUGUUCUGGAUGUUGUUAAUAGCUCAUGGCUACAGGUGCUUUUAGCAGGUGUUACUUGGUAUCUUAUUGGAAUGGCUUUAAUGGAAUUAGUCGAAGCCAUUCGACGUAAAUAG